AUGGGUUCUUCCCAAUCAACACCUUCACAUCCGCGUCUCUCACGCCGCAUCUCACUCCCGCCGCCCCCCAGAGCCACUUCCCCGUGUUCGGGAUCCAAGGAAGGCGAAGGCAUCAAAUUCCCUGAUCUCGUCAAGUCGAUCCCGUUCCCCCUCCGUCUCAACCCGUAUACGCGUUUCGUGUCCGCCGAGUCCGACGCGUUCAUCAUCGAGUAUGCGAAGUUCUCGGAGAAGCAGCUGACCAAGUUCAUUGGCCUGAACGCGGGCUUGCUCUGCGGGAUGUGCUAUGCGGAAUGCGAGCCCGAGCAGCUUCGUGUCUGCUCCGACUUCAUGAGCUUCCUGUUCAACCUUGACGAUUGGAGUGACGAGUUCGACACCACCGGGACGAAGGGUUUGGAGGAAGCGGUAAUGAACACCCUGAACCAUCCUGAUACUUACCAUUCGGACUCAGCAGCUGCUCGUACCGCGAAGUCAUGGUGGACCCGAAUGCUGAAGACCGUCGGCCCUAAUUGCCGCAAACGGUUUGUCGACACGCUCGGGCUCUACUUCAAGGCCAUCAUGCAACAAGCUACUGACCGGGCAACGAAGACGGUGCCGGAGCUGGAGGCGUACAUCUCCCUCCGUCGCGACACGAGCGGUUGCAAGACAGGCUUUGCGUUGAUCGAAUACGCCGCUGGGAUUGACCUGCCGAAUGAAGUCGUCGAACACCCUGUCAUCCAGGGUCUUCUUGAUGCGACGAACGACAGCGUCAGCUGGGCUAACGAUAUCCUCUCUUAUAACCGUGAGCAAUCACGCGGAGACACGCACAAUCUCGUCUGUGCCAUUAUGGCGACCCUUGGUCUCGAGCGACAGGCGGCAAUCGAUUACGCUGGUGACCUGUGCAAUAAGACCGUCGAACGGUUCCUCGAGGGGAAGGCAGCAUUGCCAUCGUGGGGCCCCGAGAUCGACGCACAGGUCCAGGUGUACGUCCAGGGCCUGGAGGAUUGGAUCAUCGCGAAUGCGGAGUGGAGUUUCAUGACGGAGCGUUAUUUCGGGAAGGAUGGCCCGAAAAUACGGAAGAGUUUGCAAACCACCCUCUUGCCCGUGAGAGGGUUUGAUUGA